AUGUGGGCUGAAUGCGAGGCGGACUCCGACUGCUGCGGCAGUGAGCCGUCGAACGAGAACCACGCCACCUUCAAGGGCUGCAAGAUGGGCUCGGGCCAGCCAGCGGCAGAAGGCCAUCCGGGCAUGUGCUGCGACGAGUCCGACUGGAUGCGGUGCUCUUAA